AUGAACCAGCAGGCCAGCGACACCCUCCCAGAUGCCUGGGACUACAAGGGCCGCCCCGCCGCCCGCUCCAAAACCGGCGGCUGGACCAGCGCCGCCAUGAUUCUUGGCGGAGAGGCAUGCGAGAGGCUGACGACGCUGGGGAUCGCGGUGAAUCUGGUGACUUACCUCACCGGAACUAUGCACUUGGGCAAUGCCACCUCCGCCAACACCGUCACCAACUUCCUCGGAACUUCCUUCAUGCUCUGCCUCCUCGGCGGCUUCAUCGCCGACACUUUCCUCGGCAGGUACCUGACCAUUGCCAUCUUUGCAACCGUUCAAGCCACGGGCAUAACAGUUCUGACGAUCUCAACAAUAGUCCCGUCCCUCCGCCCGCCGAAAUGCGAGAAAAACGACACCGUAUGCGUCCCGGCGGACAACACACAGCUCCUUGUCCUCUACCUCGCCCUAUACAUGACAGCUCUAGGAACCGGCGGGCUGAAGUCCAGCGUGUCCGGUUUCGGGUCGGACCAGUUCGACGACUCCGACCGCAAGGAGAAAAAACAGAUGACCAAAUUCUUCAACUGGUUCUUCUUCCUCAUCAACCUCGGCUCGCUCAUAGCCGUAACGGUGCUGGUCUACAUCCAGGACCACGUGGGCCGGCGGUACGGCUACGGGAUCUGCGCCUGCGCCAUCUUGACGGCCCUGUUCGUGUUCCUUUCCGGGACCAGACGGUACCGUUUCAAGCGGCUGGCGGGCAGCCCACUGACGCAGAUCGCGGCGGUGUACGUCGGCGCGUGGAGGAAGAGAGGCCUCGACCUUCCGUCGGAUCCGGCGGCGCUGUAUAAUGGGGAGGAUAUUGAGGAAGGGAGCAAGAAGAAGAAGGCUAAGCUCCCUCACAGCAAGCAGUUCAGGUUUCUGGACAGGGCAGCAAUCAAGGACACCGACUCCACCGCCACGUCAGCAAACAAGUGGAACCUCUCAACCCUAACCGACGUGGAGGAAGUCAAAAUGGUGAUCCGAAUGCUCCCAAUCUGGGCCACCACCAUCAUCUUCUGGACCGUCUACGCCCAAAUGACCACCUUCUCCGUCUCCCAGGCCACCACCAUGGACCGCCGCAUCGGCUCCUUCGAGAUCCCCGCCGCCUCCCUCACCGUCUUCUUCGUCGGCAGCAUCCUCCUCACCGUCCCCGUCUACGACCGCGCCAUCGUGCCCCUCGCCCGCCGCCUCCUCAAAAACCCGCACGGGCUCACCCCGCUCCAGCGCAUCGGGGUGGGCCUGGUCUUCUCCAUCGUCGCCAUGGUCUUCGCGGCCCUGACCGAGCUUAAGCGGAUCCGGACGGCCCAGGCCCACGGCCUGCUCGACCAGCCCAACGCCACGGUCCCGCUCAGCGUCUUCUGGCUGGUCCCGCAGUUUUUCUUCGUGGGGUCGGGCGAGGCGUUUACGUACAUCGGACAGCUGGAUUUUUUCCUGAGGGAGUGUCCCAAAGGGAUGAAGACGAUGAGCACCGGUUUGUUUUUGAGCACGUUGUCGCUGGGCUUCUUUAUGAGCUCGUCGUUGGUGUCGAUUGUGCACAAGGUGACGAUCAAGAGUCCGUGGCUGGCGGAUAAUAUGAACCGAGGGAGGCUGUUCGAUUUCUACUGGCUGCUGGCGAUAUUGAGCGGGUUGAAUCUGUUGAUGUAUUUGGUUUGCGCGAGGUGGUAUGUGUACAAGGAGAAGAGGAUGGCGGAGGAAGGGUUCGAGAUGGAGGAUAUGGACGAUGAGCCCGUUAUGCAUUGA